CAUUUUGGGUCAAUUAUCAGUAGUUACUAAAUAUCAAUACAGGCACACAAAAAAGGGUAAAAAAAAAAAUCUUUAUUGAGUGCCUAAACAAACCUACAACACAGCAAACAUAACAUUUAACAAAAGAUAAUUGCACUGCAAAAUAAGAUCCAUCAAUCUCAGCCAAAAACACGUCCCCAUGAUUUGUCAAAACCCAUAUCAUCAUUAAUCCUAGCUAAUGUUUUUCAUAUGACACCAUUUUCAGCAUAUUUCCUUCCCACCUGUUAUAUUCUGGAGAAGAUGGUUCCUUCCACACACUGAGAAUCACUCAGGCCGCUGAAAAUGUUCGUUUUUUAAUUAGUCAUAACUAAUUCUUAAGAAGGGGCCAAUUUUAAAAAGGAAGUCAUAAUACACUCCUCAAAACCGUUUUUUAUUUUUUACUGUAAUUUUUAUUCGCUAUCAACUGACAAAUACUCUGAUCUUUGUAUAACUUAGUGCUAGCUAUAAAACAAAAAACAUCCAAUUUUCUAUAUAUUUUAAAAGUGAUUAUACAUAUAAAGGGUGAACCUGGCCAGCUAAACAUAUCCUGCAUGCCAUUCACUGUUCUGUUUGACCUUAUAUUUACUGUUUAUUUCUACCGUAUCCAUUAUAGCGCUCAUUUUUCUAACAUACCACAUAUCCUAGCUAGUAUUAGGUAAGAUGUACAUCCUGGAGGGGUCACUGGUCCAUAACAGGGGUAAAGACAACUGUUCACAUUGGCAUCUACACCUCGGCCAGUAUAAACUGUGGAAGAAGGAAAACUUAACAACAGGAAAUCAAAGAAACAGACUUAGGAAGGAUGUGUAAAAUCCAAACAGACAGGCCCCAGACAACCAGGAGGUUAUCUCUGCUGCGAUAUAACAUCUGUUACUAAAUAACAGAUCAAAUCUGCCUUCUUAUGCUCUCUGUCUGGUUUAUUCUAAUGUCUGCAAAAUUUUAUUCUCAUGAAUUAAACCACUAAAGCAUCCAAUUUUAUCAUUUUUUCUGCAUGCUGCUAAUAAAAGGCUUACUAACAGUGAAAUGGAAAGUGUGAGGGAUAGAUUCCUUCUGAGUCAGACACUAACACAUGACAGAUGAAAAUUAUUACAAACCCACUGAAAGCAUGCUUUGAGCAAAUCACAGUGGACAUAUGGGGUAUCGAUUACUGCCUCAGUCUAAUUGUGCAUUUGUCUGUGCAUGGUUAGUGUGUUUGGGGAUGGGGAUUUGUAGAGAAGAAGGAGACAGAGGGAGGGACAGAGGAGACAUUUUCCUCCCACUCGUUUGUGUCAAGAAAGGGGGAGGUCCAAUUUGUGUCAUAAACCAACAAAACUAAGCAUCCAAGGAAGGCGAUAAACACAGGCCAGACUGAGAGAUGAUACAAGCAGGGUGAAGAUUAGGACCUUAUUUCUUUUAUUUGAACCAGAAGGGACAGCUGUAUUGUGAAAGAUUUACCAUCAAGUUUCCAAGAAGGCACCUGUUGGGGAGAAGAGUGUCACUUUUCUCUCAGAGUCAUUGCUACCUGGGCCACACUGACGAGCAGCAAUGGGCUUCUUCUUGUGGGGGUUCUUGACUGAUUUCUUCACCUACGAGACCACCAAAUCUGUGGUGGUAAAGAGCUGGUCUGUGGGUAUCAUCAACCGGAUUGUACAGCUGCUCAUCAUCACCUACUUUGUCGGCUGGGUCUUCAUCCAUGAGAAAGCUUAUCAGUCAAGCGACACCAACAUUGAGUCCUCCGUGAUGACCAAAGUCAAAGGCUUUGGUUAUCUACAAAACCAAAACCAAAACGAGAACUAUCAGAAUCGUGUGAUGGACGUGGCUGACUACGUGUCGCCCCCUCAGGGUUCAGGCGUGUUCUGCAUCAUCACCAAACUCAUCGUCACUGAAAAUCAGUUCCAAGGACGAUGUACAGAGACUGGGAAGAAAUUUAGAUGUUCUUCCGAUAAAGACUGCCAAAAGUAUGUUGGCAGCAACCUUUACAAUGGUGUAAUAACAGGUGCUUGCCUUAAAAACUCCAAUGAGUCCCAUGGUAUGUGUGAGAUGGAAGGAUGGUGUCCAGCUGAAAAUGAUGCCAUCGAAAUUGAACCAAUGGAUGUGAACAACUUCACUAUUUUCAUCAAAAACAGUAUUCGUUUCCCUCUUUUUAAUGUCACCAGAGGGAACUUUCCACCCACAAUGACAGCCGAACAAAUCAAGAAAUGUAUUUACCAUCCAGAGGACGACCCCCUUUGCCCCAUCUUUCGUGUGGGGGAUGUGCUCCACCACACCGGUCAGAAUAUAACCGAACUGUUAAGCAGGGGUGGAGAAAUAGGAAUAAACAUUCAGUGGGAAUGUAACCUGGACCUAAACAUUGAAAACUGUAUUCCCAAGUACUCCUUCACACGACUCGAUGCUCCAUUUGCCAAGAAUGCCGUGUCCAAAGGAUACAACUUCAGAUUUGCCAAAUAUUUCAAGACAGAAAAUGGGACUGAAUUUCGGACUCUUCAUAAAGCUUUUGCGAUCCGUUUUGAUGUUAUGGUCACUGGCAAAGCAGGAAAGUUUAACACAAUCCCAACAAUGAUCAACUUGGUAGCUGCCUUUACCUCGAUUGGACUGGGCGCGGUUCUCUGUGACAUCAUCUUACUAAACUUUUUGAAAGGGGCAGAGCAGUACAAAGCCAAAAAGUUUGAAGAGGUGUCAGAGGCUCAGAUAGAAGCUUCCAUAGCUCAGAGCCCGGGGAGCCAGCUGUCACUCAAAUGCAUGAAGAGCUCCUGUGACUCUGGAGCACUUUCUCUCAACACCUAUGACCAACCUCUCUAACCGACAGCAGCAAUGUGAAGACACGGACUCCCCUUCCUCUUUCUCUUUCCCUUUCUACCUUAUUAAAAGAGGUAUUCAGCUUUAGAUUGGCAAGUAUAUGGAACAGGGUAAAGGAGGACGAUGUUGUUGCCAUCUCCAUAAGAAGUAAGGGCUUGUAGCUCACAACAAUAACUGUCAAACUAGAGCCUCUUUGUAAUAGUAAUAAAAUCAAUUUUUAGUCCAAACAUUUUGAUUUAGCAACAUAUUAACUAUCGUCAAACUCAUGUUUGUCAGCUGAAAAGUGGAGCCAAAUAAAUCCUCCUGACUCAAGCCAAAUAGGAAAAAAUAUGUCUAAUACUGAAACACUGUUGAGAA